UGCUGUGUGCGUGUGUACACACACUGACACAUGCACACACCUAUUUAUGUAUAAAUACAUGUGUGCUUGUGUGUGUACGUGCGUAUGUGUAUUUAUGUUUAUGCUUGUCUCUCCAUUUUGCCUUGACAACUCGUGUUAGUGAUUUCAGCAAAUAAGAUCUAUAGAGUAUCGGGAUCGAUUUUUAAAAAUUAAAACUUUCCAAGCUGACACCAAACAUGGCUGCAGUCUAGUAACUGAAACAGAUAAAUAUAGAUUUAACUGAAGAUUGUAGUCAAAAUUGAGGUAAAGUAAAAACUUUUAUUUACCAAUGUUCUCAGUGCAAAGCUGUUUCAUAUUGUUCUAAAAAAUGUGAAAGAAUGCAUGAAAGAGAACAUAAAAAAGUAUGCUCUACCUCACAAACCAAUCAAAAUCAAAAACUGAACCCAUGAUGGGUUCACAACAUGUUUCUUUUGGUUUCAAUAAACAAACCAAAGAGCAUAUAAAUGAGAGUUCCUGCUGUGAUGAAGCAGAAAGCUUUUGCUGGACAUGUUACAGAACUAAUGUUGUUCUGCAUAGAUGUACUAAGUGCAAAUCAGUAUACUACUGCUCAACAAAGUGCCAGAAAAUUGACUGGCCAAUGCAUCGAAGCAAUUGUAAGGCUCCAAAAACAAAUACUGAAGAGAACUGUAAGGAACAGACUGGUCAUGAGUAUAGUGGUGAGGGAAGCUCCACAAAGGGGCCGGUAAAGGAAAACUGUGUAAGUGUAGAUGAUGAGGAAAGUGGCAGGAUAGACAAUAAUGAGAUUAUGAACUACAAGGGAAAAAAUGGUGAGAUAGACAGUGAGAAGGAUGCCAGUGAGAAGGAUAUCAAUCAAAAGGAAACCAGGAAGAUGAACAUCAAAUCUGAUUUUAAGGAAACUGGAACAAGAAACAGUGGAGAGAAAACUUAUGCAGUAACACAUGUAAAAAUUACUAUUUUCAAAGCUGUAAGAUGUGAACAUUGUGGAAAUUUUAAUGAAAAUCUAAUGACAUGUAACCAGUGCAAAAUUGCAAAGUAUUGCUCAAAAGCUUGUCAAGAGCCUGCUUGGAGACUUCACAAAAAAUUCUGUAAAUUUCCUAACAGUUUAAAUACCACACUUUCAAGACGUCCAGUUCGUUUCAUCAGGAGUUUAAUCUUAGCAAAAGGGCUUUUUCCUUUGCAUCAUUUAAUUACUAGAUUUAUUGAGGUUAAAGUGGAAUUUCACUGGAAUAAAUUGACAGAAAAUACACUUCUUGUUGCUUACAUUUCAAAACCAGGAUAUGAUGUAUAUAGGCCAAGUAUUUUCAUUGAAGACGCUGAUGGUUGCGUGAUGAUCCUAAUAUUUUGUCACAAAGAACCUGAUCCUUUCCCAUAUUUUUCCUGGAGCCAACUGAAAAUGGGAAAGUAUAUUUGUAUCCUGGAGCCAAAACGUCAUUAUUUUCAUGAUGGACAAGUUGGUUUUAAAAUUGAUUCUACUCGAAAAAUUCGAAUUAUCUAAAUUGUAGAAAGAAACAUUUUAUUAUGUAUAUUGUUUUUUUAUUAUUUAACUGAAUAUCUAACUUAACAUUAAUUAUGUCUUGUUAAUUUUAAAGAAGAUUAAAACAAUCUAAUUUGGGGAAAAUAAAGUACUAUUUAUUCCACUGUCUUA